AUGAAUUUAAAAUCUCAAUUUUUAUUAAUAGUGGUUUGUUUAUUUUCUUUGGUAUGUUUAAUUGAUUGUCAUAAGAAAUGUGAUAAUUGUAAUAAAUAUUCAUGGGAAAAAGUAAAACAAAAAGGAAGUUUGCCACCACUUGCAUGGGAUGGUUCAAGUGCAUAUGAUGAAAGAAAUGAAUUAUUCUAUGUAUUUGGAGGUCUUAACGGUUCAUAUCCAAAUGAUGAAGCAAUUAAUUCAUUUUAUGUUUUUAAUGUUAAAACAUCAAGUUGGACCAACCUUAUGGCACCAAGUUCAAUUACACCAAGAGCAGAAACAAUGAUGUUCCAUGAUAAAAGAGGAAAUUAUGUUUAUUUAUCCGGUGGUCGUGGUCCAUUCAGAAGAGGUAUCAAUAUAGUUUAUAACUCAACCCAACGUUAUGAUGUUAGAAAAAACGUUUGGACAGAACUCAAUCAAACUUCAUUCCAACAAAACCUUGCCAAUCGUUCAGUUGAAGCCGAAACCGUCUCCAAAACAGGUAAAUCUUAUGCUUUCAGUGGUUCAACUUCAACCUUACCAGCCUUCAUUCGUGUUCCAGGUGCCCUUAAAACUGAUACCAUUGUUUUUGAUUCUGUCAAUGGAUGGCAACAAGUCGAUGUAGUAGGUGCAUCACCAACCCCAAGAGCUCAUCAUCAUUUACACUAUAAUGAAGAAUUAGAUUCAAUUUUCACCUAUGGCGGCUAUACCAAUUGUAGUACCUACACCACCAAUGAAUGUAAUUAUCUUGGCGAUUUAUGGAGUCUUGAUUUAUCAACAAAAGUUUGGAAGCAACAUCUCUUUGAUGUAACCAAAGGACCAGGAAAUAGAGAUAAUGCCAAAUUCAUUUAUUCCGAUCAAAAUCAACUUUUCUUAAUUGGUGGAAGUAAUUAUCAAUACACCAACUUUAUGGAUGUAUGGCGUUUUGAUUUAAUUACAAAUGAAUGGACUCAAUUAACCAUUUUACCAUUAGUUGAUCCAGAAACUUAUAUUCAAACUCCAAUUCCAAGUACAAUCGGUAGCUUCUAUUUCAAACAUAUCAGAAAAUGUAGUGUAGAAUUUUACUUUAGCAGAGGUUCACUCAGUGAAAUUUCAGGAAGUCCAUUAGUUAAUGACAUGUAUAAAUUAACAAUCCCAAUUUAA